AUGGCCGAGCACCUGGAGCUGUUGGCCGAGAUGCCCAUGGUGGGCCGAAUGAGUGCCCAGGAGCGGCUGAAACAUGCCCAGAAGCGGCGUGCCCAGCAAGUGCGGCUGUGGGCCCAGGCCCAGAAGGAGGCGCAGGGCAGAAGGGGACCUGGGGAGUGUCCACGGCAGGGCCCAGAUGGUGGCCGGCCCAAGAAGCAGGUCCUCUUCCCUGCCAACGUUGUCCUCCUGGAGGCUGCUGCCCGCAACGACCUGGAGGAAGUCCACCAGUUCCUUGAGAGCGGGGUCAGCCCUGACCUGGCCAAUGAGGAUGGCCUGACAGCAUUGCACCAGUGCUGCAUUGACGACUUCCGGGAGAUGGUUCAGCAGCUCCUGGCGGCCGGGGCCAACGUCAAUGCCUGUGACAGUGAGUUCUGGACGCCCCUGCACGCUGCUGCCACCUGUGGCCACCUGCAGCUGGUGGAGCUGCUCAUUGCCCGGGGUGCCGACCUCCUGGCGGUCAACACUGAUGGGAAUAUGCCCUAUGACCUGUGUGAGGACGAGCAGACGCUGGACUGCCUCGAAACGGCCAUGGCUGAGCGUGGCAUCACUCAGGAGGGCAUCGAGGGCGCGAGGGCCAUCCCGGAGCUGAGGAUGCUGGAGGACAUCCGGGGCUUGCUGCACGUGGGGGCUGACCUCGAUGCCCCCAGAGACCACGGGGCCACGCUGCUCCACAUCGCUUCUGCCAACGGGUUUGGCGAGGCGGCUGCACUGCUGCUGGAGCACCGGGUUAGCCUGAGCGCCAAGGACCGCGACGGCUGGGAGCCGCUGCAUGCCGCAGCCUACUGGGGCCAGCUGCACCUGGUGGAGCUGCUUGUGGCACACGGAGCCGACUUGAAUGGGAAGUCCUUGAUGGAUGAGACCCCCCUCGACGUGUGCGGGGACGAGGAGGUGCGAGCCAAGCUGCUGGAGUUGAAGCACAAGAGGGACGCCCUCCUGCGGGCCCAGGGCCGGCAGCGCUCCCUGUUGCGCCGCCGCACCUCCAGCGCAGGCAGCCGGGGGAAGGUGGUGCGGCGGGCGAGCCUGACCCAGCGCUCCAGCCUGUACCGCAAGGAGCAUGUGCAGGAGGCCAUAGUGUGGCAACAGCCCCCACCCACCAGCCCUGAGCCACUGGAGGAGGAUGAGGACCGGCAGACCAACGCUGAGCUCCAGCCACCGCCCCCGGAAGAGGAACCCGAGGCCACCCACCCACACAAUGGCCGAGUGGGGAGCCCCCUGGGACCCCGCCUGUACUCCAAGCGGUUGGACCGAAGCGUCUCCUACCAGCUGAGCCCUCUGGACAGCUCCACGGCUGAAGCCCUCGGGCGGGACCAGGCCCACCACACCCUGGCAGAGCUCAAGCGUCACCGAGCCGCUGCCAAGCUACAGCGACUGCCGCCGGAGGGGCCUGAAGUCCCUGGUUCUGGCCUGCCUGCUGACCUGGAGACUCCCCAGUCUGAGCACAGCUCCAGGGCCGGCGGAGACCCGCCCCUGCUCAAGCUGACAGCGCCCUCGGUGGAGGCUCCUGGGGAAAAGAGGCCUUGCUGCCUGCUCAUGUGA